AACCGGAACACCGAAAGUCGCGACUUCCACACUCUCUCCCCGUGACCUUAUCGGAAACCUACCAUUGACGGUGCUUUGCGAGCUCUAAUCGUCCCGGACAAGCCAACAGUGCUUUUACAUAGACCCAGUUGCAAAUGGCGCUUUUUGGUCACUAUUGUUGUGGUGGGUAUUUCAGAAAGGAGGUUAGAUGUUCUCCUCCGUUGGAAUAAAUCAGAAGGCCAUUGUCAGGCAAUCUGAACCUGAUCGGAAGCGACAGCGUGUUGGUGAAAUCAAGAAACCGCAGCCACUGCCGGAGGCAAGAACCAGCUGGUGGAGAAAUUGCGAGGUUGGUUCGAGGUUGUAUUAGCUUCAGAGUAGUUAAGUUUGGACGACACCGCGCUCUCUAGGGAAAGGAGGAGGUUAUGAACAAAUUAAACCCACGAAAAUUGAACUACUCUCCUUAUCCAUUCAAGUGCAUAAAACCAGUCCGAUACGCGCACCUCGUUGCGGUUUCCGCGCUCAGAAUACAUUCGAGGUUCGAGCACAAUCGCCUCUUGAAGGAUGCGGCAAACUCUGGUCGUAUUGACUAUGCCCGCGAGCUGUUUGAUGAAAUGCCUGAUCGAGAUGAGUUUACAUGGAACACCAUGAUUGCUUCUUAUGCCAAUGCAAGGAGAUUUGGUGAAGCUAGAAAACUGUUCAAUGAGACUCCACUGAAAAGCUCAAUUACUUGGUCAUCUCUUUUGUCUGGGUAUUGUCAACAUGUGUGUGAAAACGAAGCUUUUGAAUUGUUUUGGAAAAUGCAGAUUCAGGGGCAAAGACCAACCCAAUACACUUUAGGCAGUGUUCUCAGGAUGUGUUCCAAAUUGGGUUUGCUUCAAAUGGGGCAACUGAUUCAUGGUUAUUCUAAGAAGACCCAGUUUGAUACUAAUGUUUUUGUUGUAACAGGUCUUAUUGACAUGUAUGCAAAGUGCAAUUGCAUUUUCGCAGCUGAAUAUCUUUUCGAGAUGAUGCCUCAUAGUAAUAAUCAUGUAACAUGGACUGCCAUGAUUACUGGGUAUGCGCAGAAUGGAGAUGGAUUUAAAGCCAUUAAGUGCUUUCGAGAUAUGCAUGCUGAAAGGGUAGAGCCCAACCAGUUUACUUUCCCUAGCAUAUUAAAUGCCUGUGCAGCUGUUUUAGCAAGUGAAUUUGGGUUGCAGGUGCAUGUUUGUAUAGUUAAGGGUGGGUUUGAAGCCAACAUAUUUGUUCAAAGUGCAUUAGUUGAUAUGUAUGUGAAAUGUGGGGACGUGGAUACUGCUAUGAGGGUCUUAAAGAAUAUGGAAGUAAAUGAUGUGGUGUCUUGGAACUCCAUGAUUGUAGGGUGCGUGAGGCAGGGUUUCAUGGACCAAGCUCUGUCUUUGUUUCACAAAAUGCAUUCCACAAAUAUGAAGGUUGAUGACUAUACCUACCCCUCUAUUUUGAACUCUUUGGCUUCCUCAAGUGAUAAGCAAAAUGCGAUGUCUGUCCAUGGUCUCAUUGUAAAAACUGGAUACGAGGCGUACAAGCUUGUGAACAAUGCUCUUGUUGACAUGUAUGCUAAACAGGGGAAAUUAGAUUGUGCAUUCAACGUAUUUAAGCAGAUGGAAGAGAAGGAUAUAAUCUCAUGGACUUCCCUGGUUACAGGAUACGCUCAUAAUGGCUCUUAUGAAAAGGCUUUUAAGCUAUUCUGUGACAUGAGAACUUUUGGCAUAUAUCCUGACCAAAUUGUUGUUGCUAGCAUCUUAAGCUCAUGUGCCAAAUUGACAGUUUUAAAAUUUGGGCAGCAAGUUCAUGCAAUUUUAAUCAAUUCUGGUCUUGGAUCUUCCUUAUCUGUGGAUAAUUCACUCCUGACAAUGUAUGCAGAGUGUGGGUGUAUAGAAGACGCCAAUCGUGUCUUUGACUCCAUGAAAGCUCAAAAUGUAAUUACUUGGACAGCUCUAAUAGUUGGCUAUGCACAGAAUGGUAGAGGAAAGGAUUCCUUACAAUUUUAUGACAAAAUGAUUGCCAGUGGCACAAAGCCAGACUUCAUAACUUUCAUUGGCUUACUAUUUGCUUGCAGUCACGCAGGCCUUGUUGACAAUGGUCUUGAAUACUUUGAAACAAUGCAUAAAGUGUAUGGAAUCAUUCCAGGUCCUGAGCACUAUGCUUGUAUGAUUGACCUCGUUGGGCGUUUAGGAAACUUUGUUGAAGCCAAAAAAUUGCUGAAUCGUAUGACUACGGAACCAGAUGCAGCCGUAUGGAAGGCCCUGCUUUCUGCAUGUAGAGUACAUGGAAACCUGGAAUUGGGAGAGAGAGCAGCAAAAAACCUCUUUGAAUUGGAACCCAGAAAUGCUGUGCCUUAUAUUCUUUUAUCUAAUAUGUAUUCUACAGCUGGAAGGUGGGAAGAUGCUGCAAGAAUCAGAAGAUUGAUGAAAUCAAAGGCGAUUAACAAGGAACCUGGUUGCAGUUGGAUGGAGGUGAAGAGUAAGGUGCACACUUUUAUGUCUGAAGACAAAGGCCGUCCAAGAACCGCUGAGAUUUAUAAAAAGAUUGAAGAGAUUAUGAUAUUGAUCAAGGAAGCUGGAUAUGUGCCAGACCUGAAAUUCGCACUUCAUGACACAAAUGAAGAGGGUAAGGAGAUUGGUUUAGCUUAUCACGGUGAAAAGUUGGCUAUUGCUUUUGCCCUCCUGACAAUUUCAGAAGGUGCAACAAUACGGAUUUUCAAGAAUCUCAGGAUUUGUGGUGAUUGUCAUGCUGCAAUGAAAUACAUAUCAAAAAUUUAUUGUCGGAGUAUUGUCUUGAGGGAUCCAAAAUGUUUUCAUCAUUUCACAGAGGGGAAAUGUUCCUGUGGGGACUACUGGUAGAGGUUUAUCUUCAACAUUUCCCAUUGAGGAACAUGAAAUCAAGACUGAAAUGGAAACUUGCAUUCUUGCAAGCUAUUCCUGCAGCCACAGUGCUUUUGAGUGGUUGAAAAUGGUCUAUGUAAGAGUUUCUGUCUCAGACUGUUUUCCUCAAUUAUCUAGAGUUGGUUGUGUCAUCAAAAGCUGUUUUGAAGAGAAGCCUGUAGAAUUUGGAUGUAGCAGUAGCAGACAUGUGGAAAGGGA